CUGAAUCCUCUUGCUUUCAUUUUACUUCCUUCUUCUCCUUCAAUUUUCUUGAAGUCCCGUCUUUUUAACUAUCUUUAUCGCCAAACAUUGCUUUAUUCUCAGCGUCUCAAAUUCAGAUCUGCAUCUAAUUGUGUUAGUGUCAGUAGUUCCAUUCUUGAGAUUCGAUGAGUCACUUCGAUUCCAACCCUUUCGCGGAGGACGAGGUCAAUCCUUUCUCGGAUCCAGUAGUUAGGAAAGGAUCAGGGCAAUCAAAUUUUGGUGGAGGUGCCUUUUAUACUACUAACCCCAGUAGUGUUCCUCCUGCAACAUCAAGGCUUUCACCCCUCCCUCAUGAACCAUAUGACCGUGGUGCAACUGUAGAUAUUCCUCUUGAUUCUGCCAAGGAUUUAGAAGCGAGAGAGAAGGAACUUAAAGCAAAAGAGGCUGAAUUGAAUAAGCGGGAACAGGAAUUGAAAAGGAAGGAGGAUGCAAUAGCACGAGCUGGAAUUGUAAUAGAGGUGAAAAAUUGGCCACCAUUUUUUCCUAUUAUCCAUCAUGAUAUUGCAAAUGAAAUACCAAUCCACCUACAAAAGAUGCAGUAUGUUGCUUUCACAACAUUUUUAGGUUUGGUUCUUUGUCUUUUUUGGAAUAUAGUAGCUGUUACUACAGCUUGGGUCAAAGGAGAAGGUCCAACAAUUUGGUUUCUUUCCAUUAUAUAUUUCAUAUCUGGGGUCCCUGGUGGCUAUGUAUUGUGGUAUCGCCCUCUCUAUCGUGCUAUGAGGACUGAUAGUGCAUUCAGCUUUGGACGGUUUUUUUGUUUUACAUGGUAUCAGUUGCAUAUUGGCUUUUGCAUCUUUGCUUCAGUUGCUCCCCCAAUUAUUUUCAAGGGAAAAUCCCUUGCAGGUAUUUUGCCUGCAAUUGAUCUCAUUGGCGGUUCAAGUGCUUUCGUGGGGAUAUUCUACUUCAUCGGUUUCGGAUUUUUUUGCAUCGAAUCAUUACUGAGCAUCUGGGUUAUUCAGCAAGUUUACAUGUAUUUCCGAGGUAGUGGUAAAGCUGAUGAGAUGAAGCAAGAGGCUGCAAGAAGAACAGUGGCAGCGGCAUUCUGAUAGUGUAUGGAGGCCAUCGCAUAAAGAUGGUAUUUGCCGGUGGUGGGCUUGGAUCAUGUCUGAUGAAUUACAAUGUACUUGAAUUGCUUCUUCCCACACAAUUUUCUGGCUGGCUGGCUGGCUUGUCUAAUCAUUUUAUUGAUAUGUUGUUUAAAUAUAUAUACAUAUACAUAUACAUUCAUGAAUGAAGAAUGUUGAAGAAAACAGAUUAAAGUUGGACACAAUGACAUAAAAAUUUGUGGAUA